GGGAAAAAGGCCUGCGGGAUGCUCGGGUUCCAUGCAACCCUUCAACACAACGAAUGCUGAUUACCGACCAGAGACGACCCUCGCUGCUACGCCCAUGUGGUAUGGGUGACAUCCGCCUAAUCCAGACUCUCACAGAGUCCUUCAUCGCGCUCUCGGACGAAGUGCAGUCGCUCAUUGACCGCAAGACCAUCUUGGAGCAUAAGCUGCGGUAUGCGCAUGAGCAGUACCAAUAUCUCGCCGACAAGUACGCGCCUGCCGUGCCCGAAGUUUCGGAGACGUUAGCGAAACUACAGCUGUCACCGGGUGUACAGGAUCCCCUGGCGACCGGCGCCUCGGUUGUCCCCUUGCCGAAGCGCGGCGAGACCGGUAGUAGCCAGCACCAGAUUGCGCUGCUGAUCCGGGAGGGCCGCAAAGCUGCAAAGCAGCUCGCGGCUAUUGUAAAUUGUGAAGACCUGGACGUUGGCGGCCGGGAGGCCAAAGAAUCGUCGGCCAGAGAAUCGUCGUCCGUCUCUCCAGGCAUGGAGACUCUGACUUCGACGUCGACGGUCCUCGAAAAGGACUUCACCGUCGAAGGCAAGAAAGGCGCCUUAGCCUGCCCGUUCUCGGCCAAGCCAACUCGAGACGGCGGCCUUGCGGACGGCGCUGAGCGGGUCGACGGUUCUCAGGACCCGGCUGGCGCGACCGAUCCCGGGCGGCAUCAACCUGCUGAUCCUAUUUGCGCUGCUAUGUUCGACGACUCCGCGUCGCCGUCUGCCGCUGUCCCUUCCAAGUGCCCGAUCCGCUUUCUUGACAAGCACUCGCCCGAAGAGAUUGCUCGCUAUCUUGAGACCCACAAGCACGCCAUUCCGCGCAGCCACGAGGUAUGCGUCAGGAGGUAUCAGCGGAACGAGGAGCAGAUACGGAAGCUCGAUGCCAAGUACGGUAAUCUCGUGAACAUGGUCAAAGACCUGAGUCGUAUCCACCAGCCGAUGCUGCCACCGUCGAAGGAAGAGCAGAAUGAAGUCGAUGAGGCUUCGAACAAGAGAGUAGAAGACUGGGCACAGACGGUUGCGGCCGCUGACCCGGGGCCGGAGAAUCAAGCGCCCGUAGACGAAGAGCGGGAAAGUCGAUUCGACCGCCCGAUGAGGGACGUUAGAGUCGGCGAGUCCCCCAGCCGACCCUGGGGGAUCUCCGUGCCCGUGGAGGCGGGCAUCGCGCAGCGACGCGAAGCCUCUCCACCUGCGCCUGCCCAGGAACAAGCCUUGCCGAAGCCAGCGGCAGCGACAGCAAGCAGAUGCCCCUUCGACCAUUCUAAGGUGUUCGGGGGAGCCGUAAAGCAGGAGGAUGCCGCAAACGCUCCAGUGGAGCAGAAGGCCAUGCCAUCCAAAGAAACACCCGCAUCGAGCAGACCGCAGCCUACAUUUAUCAACGUCCCUGGAACGGCCGGACCGGCGGCGGACAGGGGCGACCGCCCGCCGGUUGUCUUUAACAUACGUGGCCCAGUCUUCAUAGGGUACCCUAUGGAGCAGGCGAUUGAGUUCAUGAAGCAAUUCCAGGGGCAUUGAUUGGUCUCUUAAACCAUGGGUUGGCAUAUUUGGUUUCAUGUUUCUACAGGCAUCGCAAAGCAAGGAGUUAGGGAGUGCAUAGCGAGAGAUACCUGUCGGCCAUCACGAGCGUCUGGUAGAGAACUACCAUAAGCCGUGCUUCGAAGCAAUAUUAUACCGUUUCCCUCCAGACUGAGUGUAUGGAGAAGGGUCUAUAGCCGCCGUCUAUCCCAGAUCCUAGGCGCCAACCGUGUGAAAUAACACAUCU